AUGCCCGGGUUUAUUGACCCCCGAAUGGCCAGCGUCAAGCCCCGCAUCCGCUACAACACCAUUGGAGGCAUUAACGGACCGCUGGUCGUCCUCGACAAUGUCAAAUUCCCCCGCUACAAUGAAAUUGUCUCACUGACACUGCCCGAUGGCACGGAGCGUUCCGGUCAAGUGUUGGAGGCUAGCGGAAACCGAGCUAUUGUGCAGGUGUUUGAGGGCACUUCGGGUGUUGAUGUGAAGAAGACUAAAGUCGAGUUCGCUGGUCACAGUUUGAAACUUGGUGUGUCUGAGGACAUGCUAGGCCGUAUAUUCGAUGGUUCAGGACGUGCAAUCGACAAGGGCCCCAAAGUACUUGCGGAAGACUACUUGGACAUCAACGGCCAGCCUAUUAACCCCUACACCCGGGUCUAUCCUGAGGAGAUGAUUUCUACUGGUAUCUCUGCUAUCGAUACUAUGAACUCGAUUGCUCGUGGUCAGAAGAUUCCUAUCUUCUCCGCCGCCGGUCUUCCUCAUAACGAGAUCGCAUCGGCUAUCGCUAGACAGGCGAGUCUAGUUCGGCCUACUAAGGAUGUCCAUGAUGGCCACGAAGAGAACUUCUCCAUCGUUUUUGCUGCUAUGGGUGUUAAUAUGGAGACCGCUCGAUUUUUCACUCCCAACGAUCCGACUAUCGAGCGUAUUAUCACUCCUCGUUUAGCUUUGACAACUGCUGAAUACUACGCCUACCAGCUCGAGAAGCACGUUCUUGUUAUUAUGACUGACCUCUCGGCUUAUUGUGAUGCUCUACGAGAAGUCUCUGCUGCCCGUGAAGAAGUCCCUGGCCGCCGUGGUUAUCCUGGUUAUAUGUAUACGGAUUUGGCGAGUAUCUACGAGCGUGCUGGUCGUGUUGAGGGUCGUAAUGGUUCUAUUACUCAGAUCCCGAUUUUGACUAUGCCUAACGAUGGUAUGGGCUCUCCUCUCCUUAUCUUUGACUUUGAAGGGCAAAUUUUCAUUGACCGCCAAUUGGCUAACAAGGGUAUAUACCCACCGAUCAACGUUCUACCGUCACUUUCUCGCCUCAUGAAAUCUGCUAUUGGCGAGGGCCGCACGCGUAAGGAUCAUUCAGAUGUAUCUAACCAGCUCUACGCGAAGUACGCUAUCGGUCGUGAUGCUGCCGCUAUGAAGGCCGUUGUUGGCGAAGAAGCCCUCUCUGCCGAAGAUAAACUUUCUCUGGAGUUCCUGGAAAAGUUCGAGCGUACAUUUAUUAGCCAACCUUCCCACGAAUCUCGCAGCAUUUACGAGUCUCUGGACAUCGCCUGGAAUCUACUCCGAAUUUACCCAAGGGAGCUCCUAAACCGUGUGCCCAAGCGUACUCUUGAUGAGUUUUACGCCCGUUCCGCUCGCAAGGUUGCUAGCAAGGAUACCCGCGACAACUCGGGCGAGGAGCAGGAUACCACUGCGCAGCAGAAUACCAACCUUAUUGAUGCGUAA